AUGGCUGUUCUGAGCGAAUACACCUAUAUUUUCGUCAUCGGCACCUUCUUCGCCCUGCUCGAUGCCUACAAUAACGGUGCCAACGAUGUCGCCAACGCAUGGGCUACAUCCGUCUCCUCGAGAUCCAUCUCCUACCGAUGGGCAAUGGUUCUGGCCACAAUCUUUGAGAUCACCGGCGCCGUUACUGUAGGAGCUCGUACCGCCGAUACCAUCAAGAACGGCAUCAUUCCACCUUCCUCUUUCCGAGGCGACGCCAGUGUCCAAAUGCUUGCCUUCACAUGCGCGCUCGCAGGUGCUUCCAUCUGGGUGAUGUGGUGCACACGACACUCUGCCCACGUCUCCUCCACGUACUCGCUCAUCUCAUCCGUUGCUGGCGUGGGUGUUGCCACUGCCGGUGCAGCCAAUGUGCAAUGGGGAUGGAACGACGGUCGCGGACUCGGGGCCAUCUUCGCGGGCUUGGGCAUGGCUCCCGCCAUCGCCGCGGGAUUCGGUGCGGUCAUCUUCAUGUUGAUCAAGGUCGUGGUCCACAUGCGCAAAAACCCGAUCCCAUGGUCGGUCUACACUGCUCCAUUCUUCUUCCUGAUUGCGGGAACGGUCUGCACGCUCUCGAUCGUGUACAAGGGCUCGCCAAACCUCAAGCUCAAUGCGAAACCACCGCACUUCAUUGCCGGCGUCACCGUGGGAGCUGGUGGUGGUCUGGCCGUUUUGUCUGCCAUCUUCUUCGUUCCCUUCUUGUACAUGCGUGUCAUCCGCCGCGACGCCUCUGUCAAGUGGUACCACGUCAUCCAAGGUCCUCUUCUUCUCAAGCGCACUCCAGUCGAGGGUGCCGCACUCGCUCUGGUGCCCAACUACGCUGUGGACCAGCACGACGAUGAGGUAGACGACCACCAGUCCAGCGAGAGCACCGUCGUCGAUCAAUUUGCCGUCCCCUAUGAGAAGGGAACCACCUCCCCCCAAGUCCAGUCCCUCUCCGAGGCCGAAUCCCAAAAAGCCGCCAUCGACUACAAGCAGGCACAGAUUGACGCUCGCGAGAAGUUGCACAAGAAAAUCCGAGCGAAAACAGGUCCUCUCGGCUGGGCGAUGCGUUACCUCCACGAGAACAAGCAAGGACCGGGCGAAAUCUACGAAACGAAAAACAUGAUCAUCGCUCUCAAGCGCAUUCCCGCCAUGCUCGUCGUCGGAUGUCUCUACGGUGCCAGCUACGACAUUCAUGCCGCCCAGAGUGGUAUCGCUGGUACUCCCGAAGGAAUCCGCAUGGCUCGUGUCUACGCGCACGCUCCCCGCUACCCCAACGAAGUCGAACACGCGUACUCGUUUGUGCAAGUUUUGACUGCGUGCACCGCCUCAUUCGCUCACGGCGCCAACGAUGUUGGAAAUGCUGUUGCUCCCUGGGCAGUCAUUUACUCUGCUUGGUCAACGGGAGAUGCAGCAGCUUCUAAGCUUAGGUUAGACCACUCUCCGUCUCGUGGCUGUUCCAUGGAAAUGGGCGCCGCCAUCACCGUGCUCGUCUUUUCGCAGUUCAAACUCCCCGUCUCAACUUCCAUGUGCAUCACCGGUGCCACCGUCGGUGUCGGGCUCUGCAAUGGAACUUAUAAGGCGGUCAAUUGGCAACGAGUCGGCUUGCUUGUCAUUUCGUGGAUUGCGACGAUUCCGAUUGCUGGGUUGAUUGGUGGAGUUUUGAUGGGGGUCUUGUUGAAUACUCCUCAUUUUGGAAAUUAA